GGAACAGCAUCACUGGUCCCCUGAAACCGCGCUGCAAAUCAUACAUUGGAACUUUUUAUAUCCGGACCCUCCUUCAAAUCGGUCAACAAGCUUCACUAGUAGAAACUCUUGCAAAUCGGGGCAUGGAUCUGUGUGGUUAUUUACUUAACUUCACUCGGUCAAUAUGGUGAAUCCGCAAAAGUCACCCUUCUAGUUUCCGGGGAUACGAUGACUAGUUUCCAUGGUCUCUCAGGUGUAGGCAUAGCAUUAAGUGCGAAGGCAGAAAGUGCACUCUACGACUGGGUUCCUGUUGAUGGUUGCCUACGCACUGUUCGACUGAGUGGCACAGUAAGAAAUAAACGUUGUAGUAAAGCCCUCUAUUGUCUGUCUGUAAUUUUUGCUCACGCACCCACUGACUGCGACUCGGAUGAAGUGAGAGAUUGCUCCCGCCAGAAGCUGUCUGGCCUCCUACUGAAAGCCAAACGUUCAAAAGUGGUUUUCGCUGUAGGCGAUUUCAAUACACAAGUAGGUAGCCCAGGUCAGUCAUAAAAGCACUUGCGUGGCACUUUCGGAAUCUCACCCAAACGAAAAGAUAAUGGUGAUUCCCUGCCGUGACCUUGUUCAAACAACCGUCUUUCUCUGGCCAGCAUUACAGACAUAAAGAGAGACACUAUGUGACAGGGCGUCCACCAACCUCAACUCAGCGGUGGACCUAAAUGGACAAUUUUGCUAUCAUUUAUCUCUAGGAAGUCGGC